AUGAAGAUCAAUGAGAAGUUGUCCAUUGCUCUAAAGCAGUACGGUGUUGAGGUGGUAUUUGGUAUUGUUGGUAUUCCAAUUGUAGAGGUUGCUGAAAGUUUUGUUGAGCAUGGAAUCAGGUUUAUCGGGUGCCGUAAUGAACAAAGCUGUUCAUAUGCUGCAAGCGCUUACGGAUAUCUAACAGGAAAACCAGGUGUUCUUUUAGUUGUGGGUGGUCCGGGGGUUAUUCAUGCACUGGCAGGUGUAUACAAUUCUUUUGUCAACAAGUGGCCACUAUUAGUUCUUGCUGGUAGUAGCGAAAAUGAAUACUACGAGGGCUUUCAAGAGUUAGACCAGCUCAGUGUUAUGUCCCGUUGGUGCAAAUUCUAUGGUAGAAUUAACACUGGAAAUUUAUCUCAUUUAGUAUACACAGCUAUGAAGACUUCGAUGUUGCAAAAUGCGGUGACUUAUAUUGAUAUCCCUGGUGGAUUAAUAGAGGAAAAGGCUAAAAGUAGCGAUGAGCUGCCUAAAAAAAUGGAGAUAGCUCACAUACGUUGUGGACCUGAUAUUCAAAGAGUCAAAGAAGUUGCAACGAUCAUGCAAAGUGGUAAAAAAAUACUCGUUGUUGUGGGCAGAGGCAGUGCAAACUAUCCUGCUGAAGUGAGAGCAUUCUUGGAAAAAUACCAAUUGCCAUUUCUACCCACCCCCAUGGCUAAGGGGAUAGUUCCUGACACCCAUGAGCUCAAUGUCAAUGGUGCGAGAUCGUUGGCCUUAAAGAGCGCAGAAGUUGUUCUUAUACUAGGUGCUCGUUUGAAUUGGAUUCUGCAUUUUGGUCUUGAACCAAAGUGGAGUGACGAUGCCUGUUUUAUUCAAGUUGAUCGUGAUUUAUCUGCACUAGGCACUAAUAAUCCAAGGGGUGUUAAUUUUAGUGUGCAUAGUGAUAUCGGGCUUUUUAUUGAAGCUUGUGAUAAUGUGUUACCUAAGACCUGGAAGAAUGAUGGAGUCGAUGAAAAGAUCUUGAGCAAAAUACAUUCUAACGGGAAGGCAAUGAAAGAAAAGGAGAUUAUUCCAGAAGGUAGUGCGUUGCGUUAUCAUGGAGUAUAUGCAAAAUUGCGUGAAUUUAUCGAUGACAAGAGUACUAUUAUGGUACUCGAAGGUGCUAACACUAUGGAUAUUGCUCGUGUUAGCUUUCCCACAAGUUACCAAAAACAUCGUUUGGAUGCUGGAACUAGUGCUACAAUGGGUGUUGGAAUCGGUUAUGCCAUGGCUGCAAAGGUCGCUAAUCCGUCAAAAUUCGUAGUUGCUCUAGAGGGCGACUCUGCAUUUGGUUUCUCAGCAAUGGAGUUGGAGACGAUUGCAAGAAACAAGUUGGGAAUAGUUGUUGUAGUGAUGAACAACGGUGGUAUCUACAUGGGCAAUACAAAUAAGCGUAUAGAGCGCACCACAGACCUAUUACCAGAGUGCCGUUAUGAUAUUUUAGCCCAAGGCUUAGGCUGUAAUGGUGUAUUAAUCCGUACCCUGGACGAAUUAGGCAAUGAAUUCCCGAAGGCACUUCAAAACUCGGCCAAAGGUAUCACCACCGUUUUAAAUGUGCUCAUUGAACCUGGUAAGACAUCCAAAGUUUCUUUUGGAUGGAGGGUUAAAAGUAACAUGUAA